GAUUCCAUGGAGUCGUCAUCUUGUCCACCUUCUUCUUCUUCUUCUUCUCGAAAACGGGCUUUAAGUUCUUCUCAUCGCCACCGCGAGAGAUUGCUCACCGGGGCGAUCCUACCUUCGAUCCGAGGCCAAUCCUGUCCGAUAUGUCUCGAGAACGUCGAGGACAGAGGGCAAGGAGCGGCCGUCCUCGCCAGCUGCUUGCACGCUUACUGCUUGUGCUGCAUCCGCAAGUGGAGCAGGUUGAGGAGGAGGUGCCCUCUCUGCAACGCCGAGUUCGGCUCUUGGUUUCGCCAGAUCAGCCUCCAUCGCGGGAGCUUUCUCGAAGAGCGGUUGCCUUCGAUCGACGAGGAUGACGAGGCCAAUCGACGAGCUGGUUCGACUCCCCUCUCGUGUCGAAGAGCUAUCCGAAGAUCAAGAGAUGAGUUGAAUGGUUCAACCCGGCAAACCUGGUCAGAACCAUGUCGAAGAUCAUUUGGGAGGCCAGGGUCUGUUCCACCCGAUGUUUUAGCUGCAAGAAAACUCCAAUGGCGUGCCAGCAUAUACAACCGAUUCUUGCAGGCUGUUCCUUCUUCCAGGAACUCUCAGGGCUUGCCAAGACACAGUGGUUGGAAAGAAAGAAUUUUACAGAGAAUAGAACCAUGGAUUCGGAGGGAGUUAGAGGCCAUCCUUGGGGACCCAGAUCCUUCUGUUAUAGUUCAUGUAGUGACCUCAGUGUUUAUUUCAACCUUUGAGAAGAAACCAAAUAUCCCACAUGGACAGCUGGGUGAAGAUGUGGUUUCUUCUCUACAACCUUUCCUACAUGAUCGAACCAGCAUGUUCUGGCACGAAUUAAGAUGUUUUGCUGAGAAUUUGCUCUCUAUGGAAGCAUACGAUGCAGUCGUCAAGUACAGGAAGUUGCAAUAGCUGUCAAAGGUGGAUUUUGUUCUGUCCAGGUUGAGGAUCUCAUGUAGGAGGUGCAUACCAUGUACGGGAUGCUGAUCAGAGGAAAUCUGCAGAUCUAUCACUGCUUCACUUGCGAGUCUGCUUAAUAUACAUGAACAGUCAUGUGGCCUGAGUCUCAAAAUUACGAAAUGGAUGAUUGAGACGAAGGGGUAAUCACUGACAGUGGAUUUUCUCCUGUCUAAGAUGGUGGUUUGCAGUAUCGUCUGCAAAUUGACCGUCGAAUUUUGACCAAUCCAAAUCUGGCAAAGAUAUCCAUACUGAAGCUCCAAAAUCUGGUUGUUGGAACUAUUGGCAUUGCUGUUCAGGUGAUAUAAACCACUUCUUGUUGAGAUUACACUUUACAUAUGCUCAACGUCAUGUAUAUCAAAACCAAUCUACAGAAUUGGUUUAAUUUUUAAGUAAAUUAUUAGUAAAUUGGUGAUCAUACUCAAUAGUUGAAUUUCCUCCAUCUUAAAGGUAGUCAAAUAGCAGAGAUGACACUAGUUGAACUUUGUAUGCUGUGAUAGCUUGAGAAUUUUCUAAGUCAGGCCGUGUACGUAGUUCCCGCCACACCAUCUCAUGUAUAUGCAUCUGCCACGGCAUAUGUAAUCUUGUCGAUUGCACAUGAGGAAAAGAAAGGAGGGUCUGCUUAUGUCAGUACAUUUGGUUAA